CGUUAUGUGUAAAGUGGAUUUCUACUCUCAGCCGUGGGUUUAGUCGUGCGGAGAGCGGUUCAGGCACACAGCUGUUUCAAGGAGGUAGGAGCCGUCAGGAGAACUUGGAUCGCGAUCCCCAGGGACCUAAAAAGUCAAAGCGCUGCAGACACGCACCACUGGAUGAGCACGGUUCAAGUUGUGUUGGUGUUUUUUUAAAAGAUUGGCUCGAGAUGUUUCUUCAGCUGCUGUGUUUGGUGUGCCUUUGUGCUGGAUUCACCCAACAAGCGCCAGCACAUGACAUCAAGAAGACGGAAGGAAAGAACUCCGCUGUGUCGGGGUCUCUGUCCGGCCAGGUGGUCCUGCCCUGCCACUUCUCCACCCCCGUCUCCGACUCCCCCGAGCUGUCCCCCUCCGAGGCCUCCCCCACCCCGCACCCAGAGGAGCUGAGGGUCAAGUGGAGCCGUCUGGACGGGCAGGGGGACCAGGUGGUGCUGGUGUCCCAGGGCGGGGUGAUGAAGGUGGGCCAGGACUUCAAGGGCAGGGUGUCGGUGCCCGGCCCGUCGUCGGGGGCCCCGGGCGACGCCUCCCUGACGGUGCUGGGCCUGAGGGCCAGCGACGCCGGCCUCUACCUCUGCGAGGUCAUGCACGGGAUGGACGACUCUCAGGACUCGGUCUCGCUGAGCGUCAGUGGGGUGGUCUUCCACUACCGGGCCAGUGCCAGCCGCUACACCCUGAACUACCCCGCGGCGGUACGGGCCUGCCUGACGGCGGGAGGCAGCAUCGCCACCCCUGGACAGCUCAACGCCGCGUUCGAGGACGGGUUUGACCAGUGUGACGCCGGUUGGUUGGCUGACCAGAGUGUCAGGUACCCAAUCACGAAGCCCCGUCCAGGUUGCCAUGGAGACAGGAAGAACCAGCCGGGAGUGAAAACGUACGGCUUGCGUCCUUCUGACGAGACGUACGAUGUUUACUGCUACGUUGAAGAACUCAACGGGGAGGUCUUCCACCCGCCCAUCUCCUCCAAGCUGUCCCUGGAGGAGGCCCGGCGGGAGUGUCUGACCCGGGACUCGGUGCUGGCCUCUCCGGGCCAGCUGUACGCCGCCUGGAGGGCAGGCUACGGACGCUGCGACUACGGCUGGCUGUCGGACGGCAGCGUCCGCUACCCCGUCUCCGUGCCAAGGCCUCAGUGCGGCGGGGGGCUUCUGGGGGUCCGGACGUUGUACCGGUUCCAGAACCAGACCGGCUUCCCAAGUCCUGCCACCAAAUAUGGAGUGUAUUGCUUUAAAGGUCUCUUGCCCUGUGUGGUGAACGGGUGUCAGAACGGAGCGUCCUGCUUCAUGAAGGAGACGACCCCCAUCUGUCUGUGUGCACCGGGCUACACCGGACAAUACUGCCACAUCGAUGUUGAUGAGUGCCAGUCCAACCCCUGUCUGAACGGAGCCACCUGUGUGGACGGCCUGCACACCUUCACCUGCCUCUGUCUGCCAAGCUACUCAGGAGAGCUCUGUGAACAUGACACGCAGACGUGCGGCUACGGCUGGACCAAGUUCCAGUCCCACUGCUACAAGUACUUCACCCACCGCCGCACCUGGGACGCGGCCGAGAGGGAGUGCCGCAUGCACGGGGCCCACCUGGUCAGCGUGCUGUCCCAGGAGGAGCAGAACCACAUCAACCAUCUGGGUCAUGACUACCAGUGGAUCGGCCUCAACGACAGGAUGUACGAGAGAGACUUCAGAUGGACCGACGGCAGCACCAUGCAAUACGAGCACUGGAGGCCGAACCAGCCGGACUCCUUCUUCCAGUUGGGGGAGGACUGUGUGGUGAUGAUCUGGCACGAGGACGGCCAGUGGAACGACGUGCCCUGUAACUACCACCUCACCUUCACCUGCAAGAAGGGCACAGUCUCCUGCAGCCACCCCCCGGUGGUGCCUGACGCCCGGGUGUUCGGGACCCUGAAGGAGCGCUAUGAGAUCAACUCCCUGGUGCGCUACCACUGCAAGCAGGGCUUCAUCCAGCGCCAAGCCCCCACCAUCCGCUGCCGGCCCGACGGCCAGUGGGACACGCCCAAGGUCACCUGCAUGAGCGCUGCAAACUACCAAAAGACGUUUGCCAAGAAGCAUCGCGGCAACCUGGACAACCACUAUCAGAGCUGGCAUCACAACCAGCACCUGGGCCUCAGCAGCCAUCCCAACUACAACAGUCCCCAGCGGUCACAACCCCAGAACCAGAACUCUCAGAAGACCUUCUCCGGUCUGCAGCGGCGCUACCACCAGCUGCAGAGAGAGAAGAGACAUCCGGGCAGCCAAUCACAGGAGGAGGGCGAGAUGAGGCGUUGAGCUGUAUCCAGGGGGUUGGUAUCCAUGGCGAUCUCCAUAGCAAUCAACAUGGCGAUCUCCAUAGGAAUCAAUGUCGCGAUCACCUUAGCCAUCGCCUUAGCGAUCACCUUAGCGAUCACAGUAGUGAUCACCAUAGCGAUUACCCUAGCGAUCACCUUGGUUACCAAUGCCAUCCCCAUAGCGAACGCCAUUGCAAUAUCAGGGGCCUGGCUCAGUUCAGAGACACAGAUAAGGCAGCUGUGAUGAACUGACCUGCCCAUCAAUGACUCUCAAUCGAUGAAUAUAGGACUAAAGGAGAUGAGUUUAACCAAAUGUGCCACGUUUCGUGUCAGAUCUGUAAUACAGAUCAGUUGACCAUCAUUGGUCAGUCAACCAUCACCCAGACAUGGUGGUGUCUUGGUGAUGGUCGACUGACUUUACAAAAACAUUAUACUGUUGUAAGAAAUAUAGCUAAACUUUAAAAUUUAUGUUUUUUUCAAAGAGUUCUAUUCCAUUGUGCAUACUAAAUCUUUUUUUUAUCGUUUUUUUCAGCGCAAAAAUUCAUAAACGUGUAAUUGUCAAGGCGAAAUGUGGCAUGUUUAGUUUGCGGCGGGUGAACAAGAGUGAUUUAGAGGAUGUGAAUGUGGGAUGGCACCAUAACAUCAAUGCUGUUUUACCUAAAUUCAUGGACCGCCAACAUAAAACAACAUGAAAAUUCACCCUUAAAUCCGAGCCUUCAGAAUUAUGUAUUUUUUAGGAUAAAUGAAAGGGCUGGUUUAAGGAACAUAUACUUAGUCGUUACUUUCCCACUGGAUUUCUCUGUCUCUAGUCCAUCUGGAAGAUGAUCCAGGUGAAUAUGAACAUGGUAUUUUCACCUUGUGCCUUCUUUAAAAUGAUUUGUACAUUUUUGGUUUACUUUUUUACUUAAAAGUAAAAAAAUACUUUAAGUAUAUAAAGGGCAGGCAUUCAUCGUUAAUAUUGCCUCAACUUGUUUAAAUUAGUUUUUUUGCAAAACUGGACAUUUCCAGGUCAUUGGAGAUGUGUUUUUGGGAUUCAUAAAUAUAGCACAACUAAAAAGGGAAAGUAAAUUGUGAAUAUGUUUUUUGUACUAAGAUUGAUCGUAUCAUUAUUAAUAAUAGGAUAAAGAAUAGAUAUAUGACACAAGAUAAAUCUAAUUUAUUGUUUGAGAAGAUGAAAAAACUGUGAUUCAUACAAAAAAUUAUUUCACUUGCUCUGAAGUAAGAAAACAGUGGCGCUAAUGCUGUUUACAGAUAUGAUCAAUGUUCAAACCAAGAAAUAACAUUUAUAUCAUGAAAUCCACGUCUUGUGACAAUACUACAAUAUCCUGUCUGUGUGUAUCGUCACACAUCGUCUUUGUUCCUUUGGGGCCCGAGAUCAAGAUGGCAUCUAUCACUAAAUCUAUCCAACAUCUGCCGUGACCCCAAAUGCUCUUUGGGAGAAGCUCAAAGCAAAAGGGUCUGCUUUUAAUUGAACCUUGUUGAGAGACAUGCUGUGGACUGAAAGAAGAGGAUAAUCACAGAUCUGGAAUCUGUUGUCCCGGGACCAGAACUGUUAACCAUUCAGGGACCGGUGUGGAGAUCUUUCCCUAGACUAGAAAAACAUAUCUGCCCGUCCAGAAGACCGUCGCUGUUUCUUCUGUGUUGUUCCAUCACACAUUUUUAACUGUUGGUUGUCUUGUCGUAUUGAUGUGCUAUCAAUGAUUUUAUAUAUAUAAAUAUUCAGUGUUUUGAAAUAGCGUUUUUUAUUGAAAAUGUUUUUGGAGUAUUCCCUAUCUUGAAGGGGAUGUUAACGGUGUUUCUGAGAGCUUAUUUAUACCUAUUCUUUGUUCUAUUCUCUGUUGAAGUUUCUGUUUGCUGUACCGUCUGUGAUCAUGCCCUAAUCAUGUGUGCAAUAAAAAGGAAAAAAACAUUUUUUGCCAAAAUCCUUACAUUUCUUA